AUGUCGGCCAUUCCGCCGCCGCACUAUGUGAGGUUAAGGCGGUAUAACCUCUCCAUAUUUGUACACUGUGACGUACACAACGAUACGGUUCAGGCUAUCAAGGAGCGAUAUGGAAAGUUAACAGGCCACAUAUUUUAUAAUGCCCGUCUUUAUUUGGGGCAGCAGAGUCUUGACGACUUUCUUACACUUUACGGUUGUGGAAUAGAGGCUGAAGGAGCUGAACUUGUUGUGGUUCACUCCAAAGGCGCGAAAGGUGAUGGCACUAGCGAACAUAUUUGGGAGACUGUAGAGGAAGCGAUGGCGGCCCCGCAAGGGGAUUCGCUGAACUCGCCGGAGGUGACGGCGGAAGGAACGGCUAAACUGGACUCCAUGGAGGCGGCUGCGACAAGCAAUGAAGUGGGCAACCAACAGCAACAACAGGCGGCAGACGCCCGAGGAGGCACCGGUGCUGAACUCAACGUGGGGUUUGUAGGCGUCUAA